GCUUUUGAUUUCAUAAUCUUUCUCCUUUUCUUCUUCGCGCGGAGGCCGCGUCUUUCUCUGUGGGGCGCCAGCCCGCAGGGACAGAGUUUGCCAGGAGUUUGUGCUGAGUUCGGGCCCCGGCCCCCCCCACCCUGCCGCCGCCAUGCCCGUCUUCCACACGCGCACCAUCGAGAGCAUCCUGGAGCCGGUGGCCCAGCAGAUCUCCCACCUGGUCAUCAUGCACGAGGAGGGGGAGGUGGACGGAAAGGCCAUCCCGGACCUCACCGCCCCCGUGUCGGCCGUGCAGGCCGCUGUCAGCAACCUGGUGCGGGUUGGAAAAGAGACUGUGCAGACAACAGAAGACCAGAUCUUGAAAAGGGAUAUGCCACCAGCAUUUAUCAAAGUGGAGAACGCCUGCACCAAACUUGUGCGGGCAGCCCAGAUGCUGCAGGCAGAUCCUUACUCAGUACCAGCUCGUGACUAUCUCAUUGAUGGAUCAAGAGGAAUCCUUUCUGGAACAUCAGACUUGCUCCUGACAUUCGAUGAAGCAGAGGUCCGUAAAAUCAUCCGUGUCUGCAAAGGAAUAUUGGAAUAUUUGACUGUGGCAGAAGUGGUAGAGACAAUGGAGGAUCUGGUGACUUACACGAAGAAUUUGGGGCCAGGAAUGACAAAGAUGGCCAAAAUGAUUGACGAGAGACAACAGGAAUUAACUCAUCAGGAACACAGGGUUAUGCUGGUAAACUCCAUGAAUACAGUGAAAGAGCUAUUGCCAGUACUUAUUUCAGCUAUGAAGAUUUUUGUAACCACAAAAAAUUCUAAAAGCCAGGGAAUAGAAGAGGCCUUGAAAAAUCGCAAUUUCACAGUAGAGAAAAUGAGUGCUGAGAUAAAUGAAAUAAUUCGUGUAUUGCAACUCACUUCCUGGGAUGAAGAUGCCUGGGCAAGCAAGGACACUGAAGCCAUGAAGAGAGCUUUAGCCUUAAUAGAUUCGAAGAUGAAUCAGGCAAAAGGUUGGCUGAGAGAUCCAAAUGCACCUCCAGGGGAUGCGGGUGAGCAGGCCAUAAGGCAGAUCCUUGAUGAAGCUGGCAAAGCAGGAGAGCUGUGUGCAGGCAAAGAGCGCAGAGAGAUCCUGGGCACUUGCAAAACCCUGGGGCAAAUGACAGAUCAGCUGGCUGACCUCCGGGCUAGAGGACAGGGUGCUACGCCCAUGGCUAUGCAGAAAGCCCAGCAGGUGUCCCAGGGACUGGACUUGCUCACUGCCAAGGUGGAGAAUGCAGCCCGCAAGCUGGAGGCCAUGACCAACUCCAAGCAGGCAAUUGCUAAGAAGAUUGAUGCUGCUCAGAAUUGGCUUGCAGAUCCUAAUGGGGGCAGUGAAGGAGAGGAGCAUAUUCGGGGAAUUAUGGCUGAAGCAAGGAAAGUUGCAGAACUGUGUGAGGAGCCUAAAGAGAGAGAUGAUAUCCUUCGUUCCCUGGGGGAAAUCUCUGCUUUGACAGCCAAGCUGUCAGACCUGCGACGACAUGGGAAAGGUGACUCUCCUGAGGCCCGUGCUUUGGCCAAGCAAAUAGCUACAUCACUUCAGAAUUUACAGUCCAAAACAAACAGGGCUGUAGCUAAUACAAGGCCAGUUAAAGCAGCUGUCCAUUUGGAGGGCAAGAUUGAACAAGCUCAGAGGUGGAUAGACAAUCCCACAGUUGCUGAUAGGGGAGUAGGCCAGGCUGCCAUCCGCGGGCUGGUUGCCGAGGGCCGGCGCUUGGCCAACGUCAUGAUGGGCCCGUACCGGCAGGACCUGCUGGCCAAGUGUGACCGCGUGGAGCAGCUCUCUGCCCAGCUGGCCGAGCUGGCCGCACGAGGGGAGGGCGAGUCCCCCCAGGCCAGGGCCAUUGCUGCUCAGCUCCAGGACUCGCUGAAGGAUCUUAAAGCACGAAUGCAAGAAGCAAUGACCCAGGAAGUUUCUGAUGUUUUUAGUGACACCACAACUCCUAUUAAAUUGUUAGCAGUAGCUGCUACUGCUCCCUCUGAUGCUCCCAACAGAGAUGAGGUGUUUGAUGAAAGAGCAGCAAACUUUGAAAACCAUGCUGCUAGACUGGGAGCUACAGCAGAAAAAGCAGCUGCAGUUGGAACUGCCAAUAAAACUACUGUGGAGGGCAUUCAGGCAACAGUGAAAUCAGCAAGGGAACUCACCCCACAGGUAGUAUCAGCAGCUCGUAUCCUCUUGAGAAAUCCUGGAAAUCAAGCUGCUUAUGAACAUUUUGAGACCAUGAAAAACCAAUGGAUUGAUAAUGUAGAAAAAAUGACAGGAUUGGUGGAUGAAGCCAUCGAUACUAAAUCUCUGUUGGAUGCAUCAGAAGAGGCCAUUAAGAAGGACCUGGAUAAAUGUAAAGUUGCAAUGGCCAAUAUGCAACCUCAGAUGCUGGUAGCUGGUGCCACCAGCAUCGCCAGACGAGCAAACCGCAUCCUGCUGGUCGCAAAACGGGAGGUGGAAAAUUCUGAAGACCCCAAAUUUCGGGAGGCUGUUAAAGCAGCCUCUGAUGAGCUGAGCAGAACUAUAUCACCCAUGGUAAUGGAUGCUAAAGCUGUAGCAGGCAACAUUUCUGAUCCUGGUUUGCAGAAGAGUUUCUUAGAUUCUGGAUACAAAAUUCUGGGAGCUGUGGCCAAAGUCAGAGAAGCCUUCCAGCCUCAGGAACCAGAUUUUCCUCCUCCUCCUCCUGACCUUGAGCACCUUCAUGUAAGUCUGACUGAUGAGCUCGCUCCUCCGAAACCACCACUGCCAGAGGGUGAGGUUCCCCCACCCAGACCACCACCACCUGAAGAAAAGGAUGAGGAGUUCCCAGAGCAAAAGGCAGGAGAAGCAAUCAAUCAGCCCAUGAUGAUGGCUGCUAGACAGUUGCAUGAUGAAGCCCGGAAAUGGUCUAGCAAGCCUGAUGUGACUGUGAGUAAUGAAGCGGCUGAGGCUGGUGUAGAUGUAGAUGAGGAGGAUGAUGCAGAUGUUGAAUUCACUCUCCCCUAUGACAUUGAAGAUGAUUACGAGCCUGAGCUGCUGUUAAUGCCAACCAAUCAGCCCGUUAACCAGCCCAUUCUGGCUGCUGCUCAGUCUCUACACCGGGAAGCAACCAAGUGGUCUAGUAAGGUACUCCUGAGUCCCGGGACUGAUCCGCGUGCAUCCGGCCACUUGGAACGCUGACACAUUUGUAUCACUCUUGAUUCCUGCUGGGCCCCGCCAUCCUGAAUGAAUAAGUGUGUCUGCACUUCAUUUUAAGGACUGAGAGUGGCUUCACAAGUUUGCUAGAUCUGUUUGUCAGUGCCGGAUUGAAGCUUGAUUGGGGUCACUUAUUAAUAUUCAAAGACUUCCUCUCCCUUUGCAUCUGCCUGGUCUUCUUUGUUAUGGCAGUUUUCAAAUUGUAAUAAGGAUUGUCUUCCUCCCCUUCGGUUCCUUCUUCCAUUCGUUUGGGCUACCUGGGAAGCCGUGGUUAAUGGUUUCCUAAUGACUUCCGGAUACAGCUGUUAGAGAAUUCAAGAAGUCAUUUAAGGUGUCUAUUGUGCUUGGCCUCAAUUGAUGCCGCCAAUUAACAUCCCUUCCAACAAGGAAUGGCUUUGUAUGGCAGUGUUUGUGGAAGAGACUGCCUGACUGCUGGCUUGCACUGGGCUGUAUAGCAAAUGCUGGUCUUGAGAGAAUUCUUAUCUGAAGAAGCUGCACUGAAUGCUGUUAGCUGUUGAAUUGAGAUUCUGUCUGUAUGAAACCAGUGGAAAUCUAACGAGGUUCAGACAUUCACAAGUAGCCUGUCUUCUGUCUAAGCACAAAUGUUUGCAAGACUGGGCACUUUUCAUUGCAUGCUGCAAAAAAUAAGGUUGGUGUCCCAUAACAAACAAAAGUUAGGGGAGUGUGCAUAUGUGUGUGUAUACUUACAUAGAUAGUUAUACUAAACCAUUUUAAUAAAAAGGGCUUUAAAAAUGUUCUUGUCCUUUUCAGAUUCUGGUGCUUGGAUAACUUGUUAGACACUGAUCCUUCUACGUGAAAACAUGGAAAAACUUUGUCUUAUGUCAUUUAUAUCCUAACUGGUUAUAGUAGCAAAGUGUUUAGCUAAUAGGCCACGGUAAUGAAUAGUUCAGCUGUUUGGGUCACUGUAUCUGUAAAAUGCCUGGGAUUUCAUCUUGAACUUGCUCGUAGUGAGUCACAGAAGUGCGUGCACAGGGUACAGGAUACCUUGGCUCAGCUUCGUUCUCACUGUAUACUCCUUGCUCUGAACUUCAUUGGUCAUUAUCUGUGGGAUCAUUCUAGAGAAAGCGUGUAUUAAUACUUAAACUCACUCUGCUGCUAUUUCAUGCACACAGUAGGAAUGCUUCAAAGCACCAAAUAGUUCUCUUUUGACUAACAACUUUCUGUGAAAGGGAAUAAGAUAAAUAGACUAAAUGUACUGACAGACUACUAACAAUCAAUCAAACAGCUAGGUCUGCAUUCUCUUGCACUAGGUUUCUCUUUGGAACAGUGUAUAAGAAAUGGGUUUGCCUUGGUCACAAUUAAAUCACAUAUCAACUAUUUCUCAGAUGUAUUUCUGUAAAUUUUGUAAACUGUAAAUUUUGAUGUACAAGAAAUCUUUAUUUUAUCAUAAGAGAUAUCACUAGAUUGUCUUUUGAUAAUCCGUGUUCUUCUCUCCUGGAGGCUUUAUUUUAAAGGGGGAGAUUGUAUCAAAAAAGAUUUAUUUUCAAGGAAUAAUUUUUAAAAAAGUAAAAGUUGCAUCUCACUUCCACAUUACCGGUGACAAAAAUUAUAUGUGUCACAUCCUCUUCCCAUUUAUCCUUUGGCAUUGUUAGCAACAUAGCUGGUGCUUCAACAACUUCAGUUUCAGAUGCCACUGAAAAUCCCCUGCUCAACUGUUAUGACCACAACUGGUUUAACAGGUUGUUUAGCACAUUUUUAUUAACUUUAAAAGAAGUCUUUUUUGGGGGAAAAUCUGGAAUUUCAAAUGCUAAUAACAUACUUUAUUCUGAAAUCUAGUCAUCAGAGCAGUUACUCAUUCCAUGGAGAAACUAACACUUUACAAUUUCUUUUUCAGUUUUGAAGUGAGCUUUCUUCCCUGAGCGUUUAAAAAAAAAGUCCGAAACAAGUAGUUAGUAGAGAUCUUCCCUGUUCCUUGAAGAAACCCUUCUGUGUUCACAAGUGGUUCUCCCAUCCUUAACUUCUUUGAGUGUUUCUACUGAGCGGUGACGUGCUGGCAGGAGCAGUGACUGUGUCGUUCU